AGCAUCUAUAUCUGGGGCAGGAAAGAGGGCUGCGUCAGCUCUGGCUUGAUAAUGAAGGGACAUUAAUCAGCUCUCUUGUAUGGGGUGUUUGCACUUUGGGGUUUGGACUGAUAAGGGGAGUGGAAACAGUUUCAUUGAAGCUCGACUCACUGGGGUUGCAGAGAAGCAGGCACUGCUGGAAUAGAAUCUACUCUCAGUUUAGUUCCAACACAUCAUUCACCAUGCUGAAGAUUAUUACCAUCCUGUUCAGUGUUCUAGGCAGCAGUCAUUUAGUCACUGUGAAGGUUCUAGACCAACGCCUCAAUGUGACUGAUGGAGGGAGCGCCACUCUGCAAUGCACCUAUACAACUAAUAUAGACACAAGAACUGAUUUAAACAUUCAGUGGACCUUUCACCAGGCAAACUCACAACAAAAUAAUCAGAUCUAUUACUAUGAAGGUGGACAGUCCUACAGACUCGGGAGCUUUAAAAACAGGAUCACAGCAGCAACAUCCCCAAACAACGCAACGAUAACCAUCAGCAACAUGCAGCCGUCCGACUCCGGUGUCUACGUCUGUGAGGUGAACAACCCACCGGACUUCCAGGGCAACAACCAAGGCUUGUUCUUCGUGUCUGUAUUAGUCGAGCCAUCAAAACCACUUUGUGCCAUCCAUGGGACACCAGAAUCAGGUCACCGGGUAUCCCUGUCCUGUCACUCACAGCAAGGAAACCCCGCCCCUACCUAUACAUGGAGUAAGCUCAGUGAUGGGGUCGCCAGACAACCGCUGGGACAAAUGGAUAUCAUAACUGGCAUUAUGACGAUUGGAAAUCUGUCACAGUUUGAAACCGGAACUUACCAGUGCAAUGCCUCCAACAGCCAGGGGUUCUCUAUCUGCACCGUGGAGCUCUCUGAAGGUGCACAUGAAGGAGCUAUUGUUGGAGGCGUGAUCGGGGCUGUUCUGGCUGCAGUCAUUAUAGGGACAGUUGUCUGGUUUCUCUCAAGCAAGAGGAAGGGGAAAUCUAACAAGAAGUCCACUGAUACUGAACUGCAGAUGAAAGCUCAAGGCGAUGGCUCUAAGUAUCAAAUUGUCCCCACUGUUGAGGCGGCUCCAGUCCAGGCCCAUGCUGUGGAGGUCCAGGAAGAGGAGCCCCGUGGAGGGGGGGAGGAGCAGGAGACUCUGCAGAACAAUACAUCUGUGGAAGCAUAGGAGGGGCGAGAGCAACAGGGGGGCAUGCAAACCCAG